CAGAGUGACAGGAAAGGGUCACACUAGAAAUCACUGCUGCUGAGGCUUGUCAGGUGGCUGUUAGCAGCUCGGGGUGGGAUCUUUCCUUGUUCUUUCUUUCCUUCUGUUUCUCUCUUUCCCUCUCCCUUUCUCCCUCUCAUUCUUCCCUCAGGUUAUCCACCAAGAAGAAUUCAGUACAGAAGCUUCAUUUUGGAACCCUGGGCCAGCACUUGGAUAGAGGAGGCAAGUUCUUGCCUGUGACAUCCUGUUGCAGUCAUGGCGCCCAAAAAGAAGACUGUCAAAAAGAACAAAGCAGAGGUGAAUGAGAUGACGAUAAUUGUAGAAGACAGCCCACUCAAUAAACUGAAUGCUUUAAACAGUUUCCUAGAAGGAGGCAAUGGAUUGAACUGUAUCUCAUCUGAAGUGAGCGAUGCCUCCUAUGGACCCAACCUCUUGGAAGGAUUAAGCAAAAUGAGGCAGGAGAACUUCCUCUGCGACUUAAUCAUUGGCACCAAAACCAAAUCCUUCAAUGUGCACAAGUCAGUGAUGGCCUCCUGUAGUGAUUAUUUUUACAACAUAUUAAAGAAGGACCCUGGCACUCAAAGAGUCGAUCUCAAUGAUGUGUCACCAGUUGGCCUGGCUACUGUGAUUGCAUAUGCCUAUACUGGAAAGCUGACUCUUUCCUUGUACACAAUAGGAAGCAUCAUUUCUGCUGCUGCCUACCUUCAGAUCCACACCCUCGUGAAGAUGUGCAGUGACUUUCUGAUACGAGAAAUCAAUGUUGAGAAUUGUAUGUAUGUUGCUAACAUAGCAGAAACCUAUAACUUAAAAACCACUAAAGCAGCUGCCCAGAAAUUUAUCCGGGAUAACUUCAUCGAGUUUGCAGAAACUGACCAGUUCCUAAAACUUACUUUUGAACAGAUCAAUGAACUCCUGGUAGAUGACGACCUGCAGCUGCCUUCUGAGGUAGUCGCAUUCCAAAUUGCAACCAAAUGGUUAGAAUUUGACCAAAAGAGAGUAAAGUAUGCUGCUGAUCUCUUGAGCAACAUUCGCUUUGGUACCAUUUCCGCUCAAGAUCUAGUCAACUAUGUUCAAUCUGUACCCAGGAUGAUGCAAGAUGCAGAUUGUCACAAGCUUCUUGUGGAUGCCAUGAAUUAUCACCUCCUUCCCUACCACCAAAACACAUUGCAGUCUAGGCGCACCAGAAUCCGAGGGGGCUUUCGAGUUCUAGUCACUGUUGGGGGGCGGCCUGCUCUCACUGAAAAGUCCCUUAGUAGAGACGUCUUGUACAGGGACCCUGAGAAUGGAUGGAGCAAGCUUACAGAAAUGCCUGCCAAGAGUUUUAAUCAGUGUGUGACUGUGAUGGAUGGAUUUCUGUAUGUGGCUGGGGGAGAAGACCAGAAUGAUGCAAGGAACCAAGCCAAGCAUGCAGUCAACAAUUUCUGCAGAUACGACCCACGUUUUAACACUUGGAUACACCUGGCAAGCAUGAACCAGAAACGCACUCAUUUCAGCCUCAACGUGUUCAAUGGGCUUCUUUUUGCAGUAGGUGGACGCAACUCAGAAGGCUGCCUAUCUUCCAUUGAAUGUUACGUGCCUUCCACAAAUCAGUGGCAGAUGAAGAAGUCUCUGGAAGUGGCAAGAUGCUGCCACGCCAGUGCUGUUGUCGAUGGCAAGAUCCUAGUGACGGGAGGCUACAUCAAUAGCGCUUAUUCCCGUUCAGUGUGUAUGUAUGACCCUGCUAACGAUGACUGGCAAGAUAAGUCUAUCCUUAGCACUCCAAGAGGCUGGCACUGCGCCAUCUCUCUCAGUGAGAGGGUCUAUGUGAUGGGGGGGAGCCAGGUAGGGCCCAGAGGGGAAAGGGUGGAUGUGAUCCCGGUCGAGUGCUACAAUCCUUAUACAAGUCAGUGGAGUUACGUAGCUCCUCUUCAGACUGGAGUCAGCACAGCCGGGGCUUCAAUACUCAAUGGUAGGAUUUACUUGGUGGGAGGCUGGAAUGAAAUAGAAAAGAAAUACAAGAAGUGCGUCCAGUGCUUCAAUCCCGACCUUAACGAAUGGAUUGAGGACGAUGAGUUGCCAGAAGCAACUGUGGGAGUAUCAUGCUGUACUAUUUCUAUGCCUAACAAUAUGGCCCGGGAAUCUAGGGCUAGCUCAGUGUCCUCUGUACCAGUCAGCAUUUAAAUGUAGUGAGAAUGAAGAGAAAAGAUGCAAUUGAAUAGCUAUGUUAUUAAUCCUUUGGCCAUAAAAAAUAACCACAAAAUACAGUACAUAAACUUCCCCUAUCAUGAUUGUAUUUUAAAAUAUAAUAGUGAGCCAAGUAGGAGGUAGAGGCAGAGAAGUAGAGUCCGAGGUACUGGGUUUACAAACCAGCUUGGCUACUUACCUGCCCGUAUGGUCUUGGGCCAGCCAUUGAAUUCACCUGAGAUCCGGGUCUCAGUUUCCUCAGAUCUAAAAUGACGGGGUUUGGGUAAGGUGAGCGGGAAGGGAAUGAGCACCUCCAGUGUGCCAGGCAUUAUGCUAUAUGCUUUAUACAAAUCAUCUGAUUCGAUUCGAUUCAAUUCAAUAAACAUUUAUUCAGCACCUGCUUUGUGUCAGGCACUGUGAUGUGGUUUUACAAAUAUCUCAUCCGAAUUUCUAUUCUAUACUAUUUAAUAAACACUUGUUAAGCGGCUGCUGUUUGCUGGGCACUGAACUAAAGGCCCAGGAUACCAAAAGAUGCAAAAUAAUCCCUGCCCUUUUAUGAUCUAAAUAAUGGAUAGUAACAGGGACCCGCAAUUUCCCUGUCAAGAUAUUUCAAAAUCUCGAAUGUCACUUAAUCUACUGAUUAGUUGAUUCCGGUGACUGAUUCCGGACCUCAUUUACAAUUGGAAUUUGAACAAAAAACCAAAAACAAAAGCAGGGUUUCAGCCAAAGUACUAAAGAGGAAGCAGUUCCCAAAAUGGCCACUGGGAGGCAGAUAUGUCUAGAUUUAUUGCUGUUUCUGGAACUGAAUUUUCCAAUUCAGUUCUGACUUUACAUUAAAGUUCAGGAAUAAUUUUGCUCACCUAUACCUGCAUAGAAUUGGUCCACUUCUAAAUAUUUUAAAAUACUUCAUUUAUUUGUAUGCAUAUUUUAUACUAUCACGCAAUACUUUGUUGCACAUUAGAUAGAAAAAAAAUGUUUAAUUACCACAGGAUUCCCAUGGAAGCAAGGAAUUCAAUCCUGCACAAAAGUUACUCUGGGAUUUUCCCCUCUUCAUUCUAAACAAUUUCAGUUGUGCAUAUGGUAUUUACAUGUCUAUUUAUUUAUUUAUUUUGGAAGAUUUAUGUGUCCCCUUAUCUCUCUGUCCUUUUCCCAGCUAUUUCUGGAAAAACUUGAGGAAAUUUGGUCAUAACUUAACAAUGCAAUUUUAUAUUCCUAAAUAAUGGAUAUCUUGCCAGUCUAUGUCUAAAAAAAAAAAAAAAACAACCAAAAACCAUCAGGAUCCAUUACCUAUUCUUCAAAAUGGGGUCUGCCUUAUUCAAGGUUAACCAGACAAAAUCAUAGAUAAGUUUUGACUUUGAAGUUCUGGUUUGUCUUUAUGAAUUCUUUCCUUCAUUUGUUGGCCUGAGGCACUACUUCUUCCCAAAUUCAGGCAAGUACAGUUUCUUCUCAACUAGCAAAACCUGCCUCAGAAAAAGGAUCCAAUAUCAGCCAAUUACAAGUCAUUUUGAAUUUGUCAAAGAAACAAUGUGAGAUAGUGACUGGAGAGACAGAUUUAGACCCAGAAAAGCCUGGGUUCAAGUUUCACUUCUGAAACAUACUGGUCUGGAAAAGUCACUUAACUUCUCAGUGCUAGAGUCCAUUCUCCAAAUCUAUAAGUUCUAGAGAAUAUUUACUGGAGCUGGUUGAAAGAUCCCUUCCCAUGGAGUUUCCUAUACAAUUAAAUAUAUUCCUUUACAAUGAAAUAACAAAUCCAAUCCCUGGCCCCAUGAAUUUGACAGUACAAUACUUAUAAAAUGAGAAGUUUUUAUACUCCCACAACAAGGUUUAAAAAGCAUGCCCACUAUGUGACUAUCCACUUGUAACCUGACUUUCCAUUUAUGGAUCCUUGACAGCAAGAUUCUUUAGCAUUAUAAAUAUAUGUAUUUUUAAGAAAUAAUAUUUUAAAAGUGUGAUUUAUUGUCUUCUUACAUUCUGUACCACAUAUGACUGCCAACUUUGCUAUCCCUAGUUUGUAUGAUGGCAAGACCCUAAAUCACAUGAUUACUGAGUCUUAAAAAAAAAAAAGUUUUAAAUUUACUACUUAUAUGAAAAACUUUAUUUUAUAGGGUUUUUUCCCUUUUGCUGUUUAAACACAUUGACCUCUUUUUUACAUAUAUGAAAAAAUGAAUACAAUUUUUAGGCUCUUUGGGUUUUGAUGCACAAAGCUUAGCAAUUCAAAGGAUUUCCAUAUGAAUCACAGAAUUUGAGAACUGGAAGGGGCCUCAGCAGCCAUCUAGGCUAACCUAUAACUAAAAGGAAUUAACAGUAUAAUGUAACUGACAGGUGGUCAUCCAGCCUCUGUUCAAAGACCACAUGAGGCAAAACAUUCCUCUUUUAAGCAGUUAUAAUUGCUAGAAAGUUUUUUCUUGACAUCAAUCCUAAAUUUUUCUUUCUGUAACUCCUACCUAUUGCUUCUGUUUCUGCUCUCUGGGGCCAAGAAUAAUUCUAAUCCCCCUCCAAAUAUGCCAACAGUACAAAUAUUUAAACAUAACAAUCACUGUUCCUACUGAGUCUUCUCUUCUUCAGGCUAAAUAUCCUAAAGUCUAUUGACUAGUUUUCAAAAUAUGGAUUCGAGGCCAUUCACGGUCUUGCUUGUCCUUCUCUGGACACUUCAGCUUAUCAAUGCCCUUAAAGUAACAGUGGUGUCGUUCUUAAAUUCUAGUUUUAGCAGUGAAAUGCUAUUCAUUCCCUUUUGAAUCUCUAGUAUGAUUGCUCCAUUUGUUUUCUGAGUGCAAGGACAAACAUGAUAUUUCUAAAGAAAUAUUAAGAUUAUCCUUGUCCGUUUUAAAACAUCUCCCUAGUUACUUCUGCUUCAAAUUAGCUUUGUGAAUCAAUGUAGAAAGUGUUUAUUGUAUAUAAUCUCAUUUUCUUAUACGAUUGCCAAAUUCUAAAUCAUUCAAGGGACAAAUUGUAAUCAAUUGAUAUACAUUUUCUUAUUGUUCACUGUUCAGGUUGGAAUGUGUUCAGAAUUCUACUUUCAUUGUUUUCAAAAGAAAAUGUCUUCUUCAAUUAUGAGCUAUGUGUAAUAAAAAAAAGCAAAAAAUACUCAGGGUUAUAUGUGAGGUAUAUGAAAAAUUCUAAUUGUAUUUUCAUUGAUCUCUGUCCUACCUUACAUUGGAUUAUUGCUAGAAAUUUGGACAUUUCUUAGUUGUUGUCAUUUUUCUUAAUUUAUUGACCUGGGAAAACAGAUUUAUACUUUGCAUAUUCAUGGGUCUUUGUAAUGUUGUUCCUUUAUGGCAUUCAAAUCUCUCAACAUUUAAUUAUAUCACCUGAAGAGGGGUCUGUGAUUUUUAAAAUAGUCUAAAUUCAGAAAGGAUAUAACCAACUAAGUCUAUUGGCUCUGGUUCUCCCCUCAAAUAUAGCAGCCCUGGGAAACUUUUCCAAACACAAUUCCCCAUGACUUCAAAGAGAAGUUCUGCUCCCUUGGCAACUUGGCUGCCAGGGCUGAGUUAUAAAACAACAUGAAAAUCAGGCUUGUUGAGCAAGCUAAGUAUCUAAAAUGCUUUAAAAUCACAGAUGGCUCAUACUAUGUCAACAUUUCUGCUUAGCAGUAAUGGCAGUGGUGGAAGAAAUGGGGAUUUUAUGAAGUUAGCACAGUGGUUGGCAUAUUAAAAAGCAAAAAACAAUGGGGCAUAUUAAAACGAGGACAUGCCACAAUGAUGGUUUCUGAGUAACACUUUAUAAAUGGUCACUAGAGGGAACUAGGGGUACUCUGAAAUGGAUGCAAAAUAGCAAUGACCUGAGCAACAGUGUUUCCAAAUUCAACAAAGGUAUAUGAAUCCUUCACACUAAGCUGGAAUAUAUUAUUAGUGUAAGGAUAUCUAGCAUUUAUAUAGUAUUUUAAAGUUUUUUAUAGUCUCAAUUGAUCCUCAAAAUAAUAUUAAGGUAAGUGUUGUUAUUAUUAUUAUUAUUCCCACUUUAUAGACAAGGAAUCUAAGACUCAAGAGAGAUUAAAGGACUUACCAAGGUCACAAAAAGAGUAAAUGUCUGAGACAGAAUCUUCGUCAGUCCAAAUCCAGUGUACUACAUACUGUGCUAUCUUAGAUCACAGUUAUAGGGCAGUGAAAAACUGGCUACAUACAGAAACAAUAUGGUACAGAAAAAGAAAGAACACAGGCUCUUGUGUCAGAAGACUCCUCUGAUGCUUAUUUCAUGAUCUUUUAGAAAAGUCUACUAUGUGGUCCUCAGAUUCCUCAUCUAUAAAAUUAGAAGAUUGGACUAGAUGGCUUCCUUCUAGCUCUAGACUUGCAAUUCUCCAAAGUUGGGAUAGUGAGCAUGUGAUUUCUUUGGUAUAGGAAGCUCCCAUGUGAGGAUAUUACUUCUACCAUUAAAGACUGGCCUUUUCCCACAACUUUAAGUCAUAAAGAAUUGUGUCUGGAAAGCAGAGGGGAAUACUAGCUGACUUACCCAGAGCUUUACAUCCAGAAUGUGUCAAAGGUGGAGUUUGUACCAAAGUCUUUCACUACAACUUCACAAUCCUACAAAUUAGACUGGAAAAAAUGUCCUCUCUAUUCUUAUCUGCAUCCUUUACUGAAGAAAUCAUUUCAAAGCAUUGUGAGAUUCCUAAAUAUAGACCUAAAUUCACCUCUUGGAAAAAAAUAUCACUAAUGAUUGCUUUAAAAUCUAUAUGAGAACAGACCAUCUCUGUGCAUGAAUGAGGUCAGAGCAACUAAACAAAACUAGAAUAACAUUUAAUUUAGAGACCUCAAAGAGUUGCUGUCAACCUCAUAAUUGCUCCCUGGGGAAUUCUGGGCCUUGCCAUCUGCCCCAUAGCUAAACUUUGCUUGAUAUGUUGUUUCCCUCAAUUUGAAUGCAGGCUCCUUGAGAGCAGGGACUAUCUAGCCUUUUUUGUUUGCACCCUUCAGAACUUAGCACAUUGCUUGGCACAUAGUGAAUGUCUGAUCAGUAUUUUUUCAAUCAAACAUUCAUGCAAUCAAUCAAGUGGGUUAAGCAUCUCAAAGUUCCAGAUUUCUUACCUAAGCUCCAUAAAUAGCACUUUCAAAAGAUCUUAGAAAGGAAGAAACAGUAAAAUCAAUGAUAUGGUGGUUCUUACUAGAACUCUAAACCAAAUCCAUCCUAAUCCAACGUAAUCAACAUCUAUCUCUCAAGUUAACAAACAUUUAUUAACCCCUUGUCACAUGCUAGAGACACAAACACCCCAUGUCCACUCUAAUUUCUACUCCCCUUCCUCUUAUUAACUAAUGCCUGAUUGGAUAAGUGGUUAGAGUUUACUGACAAAUGUCUAGGAUCACUCUUCAGAUAAACAUCAUAGCUGGAAAACCAGUAAUCAACCUUAAGCACCACCAACCAAAUGCUAUAACUUAUUUGGAGCUCAACUUAUUUAUUAGCUUCACAAACAAGUUCUUCCCUCAGAUACUUUCAGUCAGUGAAUUCUCAUAUUCACAGCCCAUAGAUUUCACUUUUCAAAAAAGUUAUUUCAACACAACCCAUAAUAGCUGCUGUAAGGAGAUUAUGUAGUCUAUCCUAGAAUUCUUGAUGCAUCCAGUGACAGGUAUUUAUGUAAAAUAUGAGUGUACUCCUGACAGACUCAGAGGUAGUAUCUUGUUAAGAUAGGAAAAGCUGCUAAAUGAAUGCAUGCUAAGAGGAUUUCCCUAGUUCUUGCCAAUAGAGAAAGAUCCCACUAACUUAUAGGGAUCCUUGCAUACAAAAGAAGUUCAUGGCCUUGGAAUAAAACAAGAGGCAUGUCUUGUAAGGUUGUUGCCAUCUUAGAAGGGGAUAAGAAGAAAUGGUGAAAGGAGAAUUCUUUCACGUGUAAAUAUGUGAUAAUGGAUUAGUUUGUGGGAAAGAUCUGGCAGUUGGUUUCCGUGGUGAAAACUGAGAUACACUUGAGUUGGAUAAGCCAUAUUAAAAUACUAAUCCCCCAAUUUACAAAUUUCCAGUAUGAAGACUCAGAAAGCAUCCAUAGUUGUGCUUUGUAGUUUCCCAGUAUAUUAUUAUCUUGUAUCUUGCUUCAACAAGUAGGUUGCUGAAAUCAAGACAAUUAUGAAUUGGAAUAACUACUGGCUUAAUUCACUCAGAGUGAGGAGGAAAUUGUGUAAAUUGAAUGUUCAGGUUUUGAAAGCUAUAAUACAGAACCCCUUAGGAGAAAGCAAGUUAACAUUUGUCAUUGUUUCUUUGUGCUUUGUUUUUUGAAAGAUAUAUAAAGAUGUAAAGCAGAAAAUGUAUGUGUUUUACUUAUUAGAUGAUAAGUGGGGGAGAAGCACACAUUUUUAGUACAGUGUUCUUCAGGAUGAUUUGAAAGAUUCUCUUUGAAGUUUUCUUUUCUUUUUCUUUUUUUAAAAAAAAUUUCCCAACUAAAAACUGCUCCAUUUUAGUUAUGACUUAACCCUUCAUUCAGUUAUGUUGUCAGGUGUUAAGGGGCCAAUCAGUCAUUCUUUCUUAUGAAAAACACUUGCUUAUAUGUUAGGAAAAUGGGCAGUUUGUGUUUGGAGUAACAUUUGAGUAAAUACACUGAAAACAACAUUAUUUGACAUACAAAGAAUAAAAUUCAAGCUCUUCUUUUUAUGACCGGAUGGGAAAUGGAAGAAAGAAACUACUAUCCUGAAGCAUGGGAAAUGACCAGAAUCAAGGGACUAAUGAAUUCUAUACAUUUUUAGUAAUACUAUUUAAUAUCUAUGUACGUUCCUUGGGUCAAUUGGAUUCAACAAAAAUUUAUUAAGCAGCCAGACUAAGGGGAUAUAUGUGAAUGAGGAAGUGGGAAAUGAUUCUAGAAGGAGGGGGGAUACUGAAGAUUAGAUGUGGACAAAGAUAAAGUUAAAUCCUUACCCUCAAGGAUAUAAUUAGGGAGAUGAGAUGGGUAUAUAUAUGGUUAACCAAGUAGAAUAGAAUGUGUACAAUGUGCUACAUGGAAUUCCAAAAGAAAGAGAAAGAUUUGGUGCUAAGGCUUUUUUUUUUUUUUAAGUGAAAGGUGUUGGCCAAAGUCAUUGAAUGAAGUGUUUUUGUUUUGUUUUGGGGUUUUGCUCCACUGUAUUAAAGAAUGAUUGUGAGUUUUGAUGUGGUCAGUGAUUUCAGAGUCACUUCAUUUUAGGUUCUGAUUAGAAAAUGAUAAAAUGUUAUAAGUUGAUUGAGGUUAUAAGAAGAGAAAGGAUAAUAUGGUAAAAAUUGUGUGAAUUAAUGCUACCAAAUGCAUUUGUAAAUAUGAAUGUAAAUAAAUAAUUCCCUAGAAAUGUGCAAGUAUAAACAGAUCAAUUCUUCACUUUCUGUACUGGCCAAUUACUUCUUUAAAAUUCAGAAAAGUGCCUAGAAGAAACAAACCAUUUCAACUGUAUGUAGUUAUUUUUUUCUAGCUAUAUCUAAAUCAAUUCAUGUAACUUCCUCUUUGAAUCUGCCUGGAUUUAGGGGAAUAAAAAUCUCUGCUAGACUAAUAAAGUUUACCAAACUCCAGAAUAAAUAUGAAUGACCUUCCAAAAUGUUAGAUGUGUAUACCUGAAAUAAAAUUAAUUUAUUUGGUAAAUCUUCACAAA